AUGGCUCAUACAACCCUAUACGCUCUAUUUAAACCUGAUGUCCUCGGGACGGUAGGCUACACUUACGGGAAGACAUCUUCUGAGGAAAGUCAAGGGGGGGUGACGAAAGAGGAAGCCUUGAGUGGGAUAGGAACCUAUGUCGGCAGUGCCUUAUGCAUCGCUCGGGUUCCGCACGGAAAGCCCAAGGUCUGGGAUUACGGGGUGGUGGUCGGUUACACUUGGAAUAACCUCGCAAAUUCAGAUUCUCUACAGGCUACGUUCGCGGAUGGAACCAGCGACCUGGCUUUUAGCAGUGAAGAGCUCCAAGACUUGGUCCUGGAGACAUACGCUCUCCGUCCGUGCUACCUACGGGGAACAACGGACGUCAUGCCGGCAAAGAUGCGGGCUCUUCACAUCGCUGCCCAUGGCCACUUCAAUGGAAUCGGUCAGUCAGCACGCAGAAACACGGGAAUUGUGCUGAAGAAACGUUUGAUGAAUCCUGUGGAUGAGAGUCAAAUGGUGCCAGUCUACAACAUCGAGACUACCCAGGUCGAAAUUUUAAAGAUAUAA